UUUUGUUGCCUGUUAUGUUUUGUGUUUCUCAAUUAUCUGCUAUUCUCUAAAAGUUUUGAAAUAAUUAAGAAAAAACUGUUCUUUUUGAAAACUAUUAAUCUGAUUUCAGUAUUAUUUGAAACUUAGAGCCUUAUUUUGCUUAGUUAUCCACAUAUUGCUAACAAAAUAAAGCACAUCAUUGAAAUUUAAACUUUAAAAUGGCAGAUAAAUUGGUAAAGUGUCCAUUCAACCCUUCACAUGUUUUAACAGAAGACUCUUUGCAACGCCACAUAAUACGCUGCAUGGUGAACUAUCCCUCUUAUGUGAUUUGUCCUUAUAAUGCACUCCAUCGUUUCAAGAACAAAGAUUUGUUAUGUGACCACAUGUUGGAAUGCGAGUCAAGAGAAAAGAACAUCCUAUUUUAUGAGAGUAGUGAAGUAAAACCGCUAGAAACUUGUAUUCAUAUACAAGGUAUCAGGGAUUUUAAUUUGGCAGAAGAAAAUUGGGACGAAGAAUAACAAUUUUUUGUAACGCACGUGUUUAAUAAUUGGAAUAAGCCAAAAUAAAUUGCAUAUUUUUUA